AGAGGAUAGCAACGCAAAAUGGCGGACACGCUUCUUGUUCGUGCCUUGAAAUCUAAACCAAAGUCUUUAAAUCUCAGUAACAAAAAGUUAGACCGCGUCCCAAAAGCAAUAGGAAAGCUAGACUGUGUAAUACAUCUACAACUUAAGAAUAACUUCCUUAAAACUUUACCGCAUGAAUUGACUUAUUUAGAUCAACUUCAGAUCUUAAAUUGUGGAAACAAUGAAUUUGAAAUACUUCCAGAAGUUAUUGAGCAUUUAUUUAUGUUGGAAAAACUGCACCUGUUCAACAACAGAAUCCACACACUUACUCCAAAAGUCUUGACUAACUUACGGAGCUUGACAUUCCUGAACCUGAAUUCGAAUUGUUUGAAGAUGUUGCCCUCAGAAAUCUGCAGAUUAAACAGCCUACAGUUUCUUAGCUUGGACAAUAAUGUGCUGACAGAACUACCAGUGGAGUUAUGUGCCCUUACUAGACUAGAAGAACUUCACAUUGCAAACAACAAGCUUACCAAUUUACCGCUUGAGUUUGGGUUUCUGAUCAAUCUUGAGAAAUUGCAUUUACAGAAGAACAGAAUCAGGGAGUUGCCAGAGAGUAUUGGAAAAUGUUACAAGCUACGUGUUCUGGACAUAGCUGCAAACGACCUGAGAAUAUUUCCAACAGAGCUGCACAACAUGCCCCUGAAGGAACUGUUCUGUGAGGAGAACCCUCUCCUGCAACACAUCCCUGUGCACUCAGUACAGGAAGAAGAGGUACUCUCUCUAAAGGAAGUGUGUGCCCGGUAUGUGAUGAAGGAGUUGAAGGACAGACGUCCAGACAAGAGGUGGUCAUACUUACGGCGUGCAAUCAAACACUACCCUCAGAUCCGAGACAUGCUGGCUCAGGCAAGUCGCUGUGCAGUCUGUGGAGAGUCCUUCCUGAAUACCUGGCUAGAGUGUGUACGAUUUGUGGACGCAAAAUCCGACUUGCGGUUGAACAACCUGAAUGGUCUGGUGCCAGUGCGGGCACUGUUGUGCUCCUACAAGUGUUUCAAUGCCAAGGGACAUGACUACUAUGGAGUUGCCUUCCCGUGAGAUAUUGGGACACGGUGGAGUGCAGCUGGGCCUUGUGGGAAAACUGGGCCUAAUGCAUGUGCAUAAAGUGUCGUCCUAGAUAAGUGUGUGCAGUCCUCACAGGCUAAUCAGUGGAGACACUUUCGUCUUUUAUGGAAUUUUAGGAAUUCUCCUCUUAAGGAAUAUCAAGUUGAAGCAUGAAGUUCAAUCCCUGAUUAGCCAGUGUGGACUGCACAGGCUAAUCUGGGACGACACUUUACGUACGUUUGUAAGGCCCAGUUAACCCAGAGCAGGGCUCAUUUGGAUACUAAAUGGAGAUGUUUUGUGUGCUGAAGACCUCACAUUGUACUAAAUGUGUGCUGAAGACCUCAAAGUGUACUAAAUGGAGAUGUUUUGUGUGCUGGAGACCUUUUGAAGGUUCCCUUUUGCAUUUUGACUGCUGUCGAUUUGUUAUGUGAUAUUUUUAGUAAAGUGAUAAUUAAAUAAUGAUGUAAAAAAUAUGCAAUGAUGUAUCAUUUUUGUUCUCAAAAUAUAACCAUACACCAGUAUUGUCAAGUUUAGUUUUCCACGUUGUAGUGUGGUUCUAUUAUUACCUCUCAAUUGUUAUGCCUAUGUGUGGUAAACUAAACAUUGCAGCUUUAGUUAAUUUGAUUUUUUUGUGGUUGGACAAAUAUUUUGUAGACACUGAUGAUUAAAUUCUCAUUCAACAACAAAGCAUCACUUAAGUGUAUAUACAUUCUUGAAGACAACCUUGUAAAAUCCAUCAAAACUCUUGUUUGUUAGACUUUUGUUCUUAGCAAAUAUAAUUGUAAAAUACUAACGAGGUAGGUAUUUGGGAAAAAAAAUAAAGCAGACAUUUGCACUUGCAACAUGCUUGUAAAACUUGAAAUAUUAACUAUGAAUUUGUUAUAUAACAUUAACAGUCAGUAUAACAACAUGUUUUCUUACACCAAAAUUGUGAAACUUUCCAUUCUAACAAAGGUGGAUAUAUUGUGCAGAUGUGGAAAAUGUCCCUAACAAUUCAUGGUUACUUAAAUUGAAAGCGGAUUUUCUUAUCAUACAGCAUGAUUAAGUGUCCAUUGUUCAUUGAGCAUUUAAGAAUUUCGAUUAAAAAAGACAACAACCUAUAAUUAAGUUAUGGUUAUGUUCAUAAAGCAUUUUGAAUUGAGUUAAAUUCCGUCCUUAUAUGCAUUGAUAGUCGCUUACUAGUGUAACUAGUGGACUUUUCUAGGUUUAGCCCCGGUCUGUCUUUGUGUCUGUUUGUCAUUCCAAAUCUAGAUCCUGUGAUAACUCAAAAUGUGGACUGCUGUUUUGUCUGUUACAAUUCUCUUGUUCAUUUCUGUUUAUUUAUUGUUAAAUAUUUAUUUUUUUAUAUCUGUAGAAUUUAUUGUCCCCUACCGGUGAAACCAAAGGGGACCUAUGGUUUGCGCUUUGUCUGUCCGUCAGUCUGUCCGUCACACUUUUCUGGAUCCUGCAAUAACUUUAAAAGUUCUUCAUAUUUUUUCAUGAAACUUGAAACAUGGAUCGAUGGCAAUAUGGAGAUUAUGCACGUCAUUUCAUUUUGUUCCUACGUCAAGAAUUCUGGUUGCUAUGGCAACAAAUAUACAAAAAAUAUAUAUAAAAUUUACUGACAAUGGUGGAGUUUCACCGGUAGGGGAAAAUAUUGCUUGGCAAUCUCUUGUUUUACAUAUAAAUGAUAUACUUUUUAUGCCCCCAAACCCCGAAGGAGGGCAUAUAGUGAUCGCACUGUCUGUCCGUCACAUUUUGCGUUUAGGUUUCUCAAAAUGCUCAUAACUUCUAUGUCCCUUGAGAUAUAAGCUUCAUAUUUGGUAUGCAUGUGUAUAUGGACAAGGCCUUUCCAUACACACACAAAUUUUGACCACUGUGACCUUCACCUUGAACUUGGGGUCCGCGUUUAGGUUUUGAAAUCUGCGUUUAGGUUUCGAAAAAAUCUCAUAACUUCUAUCAAGCGUUUAUAGGUGGCAUAAGUCAUCCUAUGGUGACAGCUCUUGUUAAAUGGUAGAACUGUGCAUGUUGUGAUUCCUUUGUUUAUGCAAAGUCCUAUAGAAUACAUUUUAUAUGUAUUUUAUAGGUCUUUGGUUUAUGAUAAUUGCAGUAUGCAUGCGACUUUGUUACAGUAGUGGUCAUUUACAUUCAAUUCAUUCAAUGCAUUGUUUUAUAAUACUUUUUAACAGGGGCAUGUUUAUUAAGUAAAAUUUGAUUUUAUUUUUUCGUUAUUCAUGUGAGUUUGUUUUAUGUCCACAAAGGCAGGCAUAUGUUUCUCAACUGUCAGGCACUGGGUCAACACCAUCAAUGUGUCUUCUCUUUUUAGCUCACCUAAGCACCAUGUGCUCGUGGUGGGUUUUUGUGAUUGCCUUUUGUUCGACGUGUGUUGUGCGGCGUCAUUUUGCCUUGUUAACACUCUAGAUUCCACAUUUAUUGCCCAAUCUUAAUAAAAUUCAAACAGUUGUCAUCAGAGUGUCACCUUUCUGUUAAUGUUUAUAUGCAUGAAAUAGGGGCCAAGUUAAAUAAAAAUCUAAAUCAAACUUGUUAUUAAAAUUGUGUCCGGAGCAUAUCUUGAAAAUUAAAAGAGGUUUCGACUUAAAACUGUAUAAUAAAUUCACAGGAUGACUUUCCAUACUCAUUCACGUGUACAGUGGCAUCUAUGUAACAAAUGCCUUGUUCGGACUUAAUUCUGAUGAUAUUUCUAACCGUUAUUUUUAUUCAGAUUUGUAUUUCCCUGCCAUGAUAAUGGCAUAGGGACGUAAAGUAUAACCUCUUUCAAAAUGUUUGUGUGUGUGUUUGUUUGUGUGGGACAUUUAAUGUCCAGCUUAUUACUUUGUCGUACAUGACGGGAUCCUGAAAUUAAUUGGCACAAAUUAUCAUCUCAUCAAGACGCGUUGAUUUUAACUACAAUGUUGCUCACUUCAACUUGUCAACAUUUUUCAAUAUUUCAAUACAAUAUUAUGUAUGCACCAACUACGGUGCUUGCUUAAAAGUCAAUGUCACCUUUGUGAAAUCGUCUUAAUGGGUGUCCAACAACAAUUAUUUUAGUGUCCAGUGAAAUAUAACGGGGAGCCAUCCGUGUCAUUAAUGCACAUUUCUAGUUCUUGUUCAUUAACUUAUUUUGUAAGGCAAACACAAUUAAGGCACUUCAGUUUUGUUUCAGUAAUUAUUUAUUAAAACAUGGACUUAAAAAUCUAUUUAAGGGCUGGACCCUUGAAAUGACAAACAUGUAAUGUUAGUAAUGUAUUUUUUAACGUAAACUCUGGCAUUUAUGCUUCAAACUAACAUGAAUACACUUUAAAAUGUUGUUAUUUGUGAUAAAUCUUUAUGUUUCCAUAUAUUGUUUUAUAAUAAACAUUAACAUCA